GAGGGGGAGAGAGUGAGUGAGUGAGAGUACCUCAGGGCGAAUGAAAUACAAUUAAUCAUAGUACGAGCGUGGGAGAAUCUGGUAGUGAAAAGAUCAUCUAAUCAAUAGCAGAGCAGCUUUUAAAAGCAGUGCCAUCUCAUUUUAUUUCAUUUGAAAAGACGUAGCGCAGUUGCCGAUUCUAAAGUGAUUUUUAGGAACUACUGGUGUAACUUUUUUAUCUAUUUCAUUUUGACUUGUGACCAAGCUAAUUGAUAUAGAGAGAUAUACCCGCACGGAGUUUUCUGCGCCGUUAUUUUUCUCACUUUAUGUAAACGACGUCGACAAAGCAGACGACACGUCCGCUCUUUCGUCGCUUCCCGGCUUAUGUUGAGUGAACCGUCUCAAUGAUGCUGGUUUUCCGAGCAUGGACAAUACCCGAUGUAAAUGUUUUUAUUUUCGGUGCUCUUUCUCUCAUUUUCCUUCUUCCACCUACUAUAUCAACGUCGGUUGAAGAUUCUUUAUUCAAAAGGCUUCGUAUAUUAAACGGAGAGCCUAGAAUAUGGUACGAAGAGUCGACAGUUUACGAGCCUUCGCCAUCAGCAGCCAAGACAGUGACCAUCCGUACUGUCACGGAGAGUCAGCCUGAAGAACUUGUUACUCAAACUGUUUCCCAUCUGGCUAGAUUUAUAGGCCAACUUAAUAUCGGACACGAUGAAUUGCGCAGUAUGAUCACUAGAUUAUUUGAACACAGGCGCUGUCCGGAUGAUUCGAUUCCGUGCAAUAAUGGCAGACAGUGCUACCAGAAAUUACGAACGUGUGACGGGUUUCCAAACUGCAUAGAUCUGUCAGAUGAAGAAAACUGUGAAAACAAAUCCUGCCCUCUCGCGACGAUGGAAAAAUGUGCUGACGGCAAGCAAUGUAUUCUUGCUUCAGAUAUAUGUAAUGGACAAGUGAACUGUUUAGAUGAAUCAGACGAGUUUUAUUGUGAUACUGAUGACUGUGCAGACGAACCUUGUGACAAUGGAGGAACAUGUAACGAUAUGGUCAAUGAUUACAAUUGCUCGUGCCUGCCUGGUUUCAUCGGAAUAAACUGUGAGAUAGCCCUGUGUCCUGAAGGUAAUCUCCUAUGUAUGGAAGGAUCCACCUGCUAUCCAUCAUCAUGGCGAUGUGAUGGUCUUCUUGAUUGUCCAGAUGGAUCAGACGAAUAUAAUUGUAGUAAAUUUGAGUGUGAACCUGGUCAGAUGAAGUGUGCAAAUGAUAAGCAGUGUAUUCUACCUGACUGGCUUUGUGAUAAUUACACUCAUUGCUCUGAUGGAAGUGACGAGACUGCAUGUGUCUAUGAUCCAUUUAACAUGUACCAUGGCGAGACGGACGUUUUCUGGGAUUUCUGCCAUGACCUGAAUGGAACAAGAUGCCUUCAUGAAAGUGUUUGUUUUUUCUCACAUCAAGAAUGUGAUGGACAUACAGCGUGUCCAAACCACCAUGAUGAGUGGUUCUGUUGUCCUGAGGGUCAAGUGCGGUGUAAAACAGUAGACAAGUGCUAUUCUAUAUUUGGUAUGUGCAAUGGUGUAUACGACUGUCCCGAUCAAAGCGAUGAAGAAUGUGACUUUGGGGAUUAUUUAUAAUAAGCAGUCGGAUAGUGUAUUCAGCCCUCUCUCGUCUAUUAGUGACCAAUCAAUUUUACAUCACAUUAUUGUAUAUCAGCAAGUUCUGCUUCAUAUCAGGGAGGAGAGAUUGCAUGGAAGUUCUUAUGUUUUGAUGAUUCCAGAGAAUGCCUCAUAUUUAUUUUAAAGAUUUGAUUAUUUUUCAAACAGUAUCUGCAAAUAUUCUCGAAAACAAAUUGUAAGCGUGACAUUGGUUCAAAUGUGCAUUGAUCUUUUGUAAUAAAAACUCUCGGGCUAAUUACGUGAAGUUACAUUACCAUCUUACACUCCCUUCUCUUUAUAAGAAAAAGGAAUCGAGGACAGUGACAAUAUUUCCCUUCAACCCUCGCUUUCCAUUGAAAAGAGAUCGAUUCUAUGUAUCAUGCAUGCAUAAGCAAACAUGAGUCAUUCCCCAUACCACGAUAGCAAAUUUUUAGAUGUAUGUUUCACGCUGUUCUAUAUUACUUUUCACUAACUCAUUUCACACCCUGACCGUUUCUUAUAUCGGUGCCGGAUGAGCAAACUUCCGUUUGAUGAAUAAAGAUCAAAAUAUAUUCAAUUUAUU